UUAUUUUGGUGCAACAAAACACAAUACAAGAAAAAUUAAGAAAUAGAGAGAGUCAUGUCUGGUCAGAGAAGAGAUUCAAUGUUCAAAGAGAAACAGAUUAAUGAUCUUGUGUCAAGGUUACAACUACUAUUGCCUCAGCUCAACCAAAGAAACAGCUCAAGGUUCCUAGAAGAAGGGGACUCCGGUAAUCCAGAGUUCGGCCGAGAUCAAUCAACAUCCAAGAUCUUGCAGGAAACAUUAAAUCACAUUAGGAGGCUGCAGAAAGAGGUGGACGAUCUAAGUGAAAGGCUAACACAGUUGAUGGAUUCUGUGGAUAUCAAUGAUAGUGACAGAAGAACUUUAGAGAACUUUUUGCAACAUUAAUAACAAAUUAGUUCUUUUUAAUUCUAUAGUCUAUUGUCUACCUAUUGCUUUUUUCUCUUAUUAUGUUUCUUCCCUUAUAGAUUGUGAUGGGGAUACACAACCAUCAUGAAAUAAUAUAUGUAUAUUGUCCAAUAAUAUAUAAUUAAUAAGGGCAGAUUUUAUAUGAGUCG